CCACUCUCUUUCUCUUCCUCCCUCCUUCAUUCUCUCUGUCACUCUCUCUGGCCCAUUUCAGUGGUCUCCAUCCACAGUGAGGAGAUCCGCUUUUCCUCUUCUCCUCCCUUUCCUCCUCCACCACCACCACCACCACCACCUCCAUCUUUGAGAUAAAGCACUGGCUUUAGCAGCAGCACAGAUCUGGCGCUGCAGUUGCGCUGGCACGAAUUCAACGUGGGUGCACCCACUGAGAGAGAGAGAGAGAGAGAGAGAGAGAGAGACCCGCCGCAUCUUGUGGAUUUCUUUUGCGUGCAAGCCCGUGUACAUGGUUCUCCGUGCUUUUCCUCUGUCACACUCAAACCAGGAGUCGAUUCCACUUCUCGGAGAAAAAUGUGGCAUCGCGCAAUAGCGACAGUCUUUUUUUUGUUCCAUUUUUGGGGGCGCUCGCUGGCCGGCUUUCCAAACCAGAUCAACAUUGGUGGACUGUUCAUGCGCUCUACAGUGCAGGAGCACAGCGCCUUCAGGUUUGCUGUCCAGCUGUAUAACACCAACCAGAAUGUGACAGAGAAACCUUUCCACCUCAAUUACAAUGUUGACAACCUGGAGUCCUCCAACAGUUUCUCUGUCACACAUGCCUUCUGCUCCCAGUUCUCCCGGGGAGUCUACGCCAUCUUCGGCUUCUACGACAGGAAGUCCAUGAACACGCUGACCUCCUUCUGCGGGGCGCUGCACACCUCCUUCAUUACCCCCAGCUUCCCCAUCGACGCUGACGUGCAGUUUGUCAUCCAGAUGAGGCCCGGAUUGCGAGGAGCUGUUCUCAGUCUGCUGGACCAUUAUAAGUGGGAGAAGUUUGUCUACCUUUAUGACACUGACAGAGGUUUUGCAAUCCUCCAGGCCAUCAUGGAGUCGGCUGUAGCCAAUAACUGGCAGGUGACAGCUCGCUCGGUGGGGAACAUUGUGGACCCCACAGAGUACAGACGGAUCAUAGAGGAGAUGGACCGGCGGCAGGAGAAACGCUUUCUCAUCGACUGUGAGGUGGAUAGAAUCAACUCCAUACUGGAGCAGGUGGUGACCUUGGGAAAAAACAGCAGAGGAUACCACUACAUCCUCGCCAACCUGGGUUUUUCCAACAUGAGUCUGGACAGGGUGUUUUCUGGUGGAGCCAACAUCACAGGCUUCCAGAUCAUCAGCCCAGACAGCCCCAUCGUCCAGCAGUUCCUCCAGCGCUGGGAGCGGCUGGAUGAAAGAGAAUUUCCAGAAGCCAAAAACACGCCACUGAAGUACACAUCAGCACUGACCCAUGAUGCCAUCCUCGUGAUUGCGGAGGCCUUCCGCUACCUUCGGCGUCAGCGAGUGGAUGUUUCUCGUCGGGGGAGUGCAGGCGACUGCCUUGCCAACCCGGCUGUGCCCUGGAGCCAAGGCAUCGACAUAGAGAGAGCCCUCAAAAUGGUCCAAGUACAAGGUAUGACAGGAAACAUCCAGUUUGACACAUUUGGUCGACGAGCUAAUUACACUAUUGAUGUGUAUGAGAUGAAGUCCGGAGGCCCCAGGAAGAUCGGCUACUGGAAUGAGUACGAAAAAUUUGUAUAUAUUAUGGAUCAGCAGGUCACCAACGAGUCCUCUUCUGUGGAAAACCGAACAAUUGUGGUCACUACUAUUAUGGAAGCUCCGUAUGUGAUGUACAAGAAAAACUAUGUGCAGCUGGAUGGGAAUGACAGAUAUGAAGGCUACUGUGUCGAUUUAGCUUCUGAAAUUGCAAAACAUGUGGGGAUAAAAUACAAGCUGUCAGUAGUGCCGGAUGGGAAAUAUGGAGCCAGAGAUCCAGAGACCAAGACGUGGAACGGGAUGGUGGGUGAACUGGUUUAUGGGAGAGCUGAUAUAGCCGUGGCUCCACUAACUAUAACGUUGGUACGUGAAGAAGUGAUAGACUUCUCGAAACCCUUCAUGAGCUUGGGAAUCUCCAUUAUGAUUAAGAAGCCUCAAAAGUCCAAGCCUGGGGUGUUUUCCUUCCUGGACCCACUGGCCUAUGAGAUUUGGAUGUGUAUAGUUUUUGCCUAUAUCGGCGUGAGUGUGGUGCUCUUCCUGGUGAGCCGUUUCAGCCCUUACGAGUGGCAUCUCGACGAGAACGAUGAGGCCAAAGACCCUCAGAGCCCCCCUGACCCUCCAAACGACUUUGGGAUUUUUAAUAGCCUGUGGUUCUCCCUGGGUGCCUUCAUGCAGCAAGGAUGCGAUAUCUCACCAAGGUCUCUGUCGGGUCGUAUCGUCGGAGGAGUGUGGUGGUUCUUCACCCUCAUCAUCAUCUCUUCCUACACAGCCAACCUGGCGGCUUUCCUCACCGUGGAGAGGAUGGUGUCUCCGAUCGAGAGUGCCGAGGAUCUGGCCAAGCAGACAGAGAUUGCCUAUGGGACGUUAGACUCAGGCUCCACUAAGGAGUUCUUUAGGCGCUCCAAAAUAGCAGUCUAUGAGAAAAUGUGGUCAUACAUGAAAUCAGCUGAACCCUCAGUGUUUGCCAAAACGACACCGGAUGGAGUUUCGCGAGUGCGAAAGUCAAAGGGCAAGUUUGCCUUUCUGCUUGAAUCCACUAUGAACGAGUACAUAGAACAGCGGAAGCCAUGUGACACCAUGAAAGUUGGCGGCAACCUCGACUCUAAGGGCUACGGCGUGGCCACACCGAAAGGCUCUGCAUUAAGAAAUGCUGUUAACCUGGCAGUGUUAAAACUGAAUGAGCAAGGCCUCUUGGACAAAUUGAAAAACAAAUGGUGGUACGACAAGGGAGAGUGCGGCAGCGGGGGAGGUGACUCUAAGAACUCCUGUAAACCUUGCAGUAUUGAAACUCAGUGAACAAGGCAUCUUAGACAAGCUGAAAAACAAAUGGUGGUACGAUAAGGGUGAAUGUGGAACCAAGGACUCUGGAAGUAAGGUCAGUCGCUGCAGGUCUUUUUAUACUGAUUGCAAAAAUGCAUUUUGACCUGACUGUUCAUAUGCAAACACCUAAAGCACACAUUGUCACGGUAAUCAUGACACCAUGUAUCUGAAUGCACCACACGAGGAACACUAAAAACUAGACGUGCUCUACACAUACUGUAGUCUAAUGGAUACUUACACCACGACUCAUCGCAGCAUGACUACACACAGUUUUAUUCAUACCAUCAAAUUUUGAAAGUAUGAAUUGAAACCAUUAUACUGCUAUUUUUCAUCCAAACCUCUAUUGAAAUUUAGUUUAUCAGUGGUCUUAUUCAUUUGUUUGUGUUUGUAUGCAUUUCCCAAAGGCACCCUUAUUCUGACAAACUGACCCUGGGACACCACAUCAGCACAGUCUGGUCAAAUGAUGUUUAAUAGUCUCAGACAGUGGGGAUUAAAGGUUUGGGCAUCCCUAUUCAAAAGUUCUUUAAAUAAAAAACGUCUGUACCCCAAGAUUUUACAGUUUCAAAAUUCCAAAAAAAAAAGUAUAAAACAGUAGUUUAUAGUUGUAUAGACAGUGCUUGGAGUAACACCACCCUUUGGCAGGUAUCACAUCUUAUAGAACCUUUUGUAACCUGCUAACAAUCUUUCAGGAAUUGUUUUGGGAUUUUUUUUUUUUUUGCCUGUUCUUCCUCACAGGCUCCUAGUUCUUUGAGUUCCUCCGGUUGUCUUUCGUGAUUUACUCUUUUGAAGUUCAGCCACAGAUUUUCGAUAAUGCUUAGGAAGGGAGUUGGUCAGGGCCUUGGUAAAACUUUCAGUUUCCUCUUACCCAUUGUAGAUUUUGAGGUGCGUACAGGAUCAUUAUCCUGUUGUAGAAUCCAUCCUCUUUUCGUCUUCAGCUCUUUUUCACAGACAGUGGGAUAUUUGCUUCCACACUUUGCUGUAUUCAGUCUUCCCUCUAUCAGUGGGCUUGUCCUUGUGGCGGAGGCCUUGAGAUCAAUCUACAGCUGAACAUAUGGAGAAAGUUGCUGUUUUUUAAUUCUGCACCUUUCUUUUCUCCUAGUGCACUUUUGCUCAUUGCCACCAAAAAAACAACAAAAAAAACAAAACACCCUAAUGUAGCUGCAAGGCCUGUUGUUAGAAUGGAGUUGGGUUUGAGAUGUUCAUUUGCAAACUUUAGAUUGCGUUCAGGACAAGUCUUCUUCUGAUGUCUCUUCUGUGACGAUCAUAUUUCCUAAGUGUUCUCCCAGCGUUCUGGAGUAAAAUAAAAGUUUUCCUUGACCUUUCUACGAUCAAGACGCAGUUAUCUGAAUUUUAUGCUUGGAGCUCUAACCCUAACUCACUAAUCUUAAUUUCCAACUAAAGGUUGAAAAGAAUGUCUCCUCUAAAACUUACUAACUACUCUGUUAAUUAUUCAUAGUGACAGACAUUUUGAGCAGGGGUGCACAAACCUCUGCUUGAACCACUAGUAGAUUGCGUGUCAGAAUAAGGAAUUACUUUUGAAACAUUUUAUUCAUGUAAGAGCCAGUUAAGGGUAAAGACUAACUGCCUUUAGGGCUGCAAAAAGUUCCACAGCGAUAGGACGCAAAUGGUAAAACUCACAUAAAUGAAUUUCAAUAUUACUGUUUGGCUUCUAAUAGCAGCAAAAUGGUUCAAUUCCCCUUCCACAGCUUGCCACUUUGAUUGUACAGAUGCAGUGUUUUGAAGGUUCAGUUGAGCAGCUUUGAUAGUGAACUGAGGGUUUGAUCUGUAGACCUGUACGACCACGACCGCCUUCCUCUAGACAUGGCCUCGUAAAGAGACCAUGAAGCAAGACAGAUAGCCAAGUCUCUCUACAUUCACCUUCAGCGCUAUUUUAUAGUGAGGAGCAAACGACACUUUCAAGUUUUUUGGUUUGUUUGUUUUUGCUCAUUUCUAACUGACGCAGCUAUACCUCAGAGGGUUUUGUAGACACAUCUAACAGCCUCCUCAUGUUACUGUUUAGUGGUAGUGCAGCAGGAUGUACAUACAGGUUGUGUAUAUAUGAGGUCAGCCUCAGUUGAUGAAGUCCUAACGGCGGUCUGUACCUCCCCCAGGACAAGACAAGUGCACUAAGCCUGAGCAACGUGGCAGGAGUCUUCUAUAUUCUGGUGGGAGGGCUGGGCCUGGCUAUGACCGUGGCUUUGAUAGAGUUCUGCUAUAAGUCACGGCAAGAAACCAAAAGACUCAAGCUGGCUAAGAAUGCC